GCCAAGGCAGUGGCUGUGGCGAUGACGUGCGCGCCUCCGAGCCCCGAGCUGAUCCCUCACCAGCGGAGCGGCGGAGAGAGUGAGCCACGAUUACUGGACAGUUGGUGAAGUGACACCACCAUGCGUGAAUACAAGCUAGUGGUGCUUGGCUCAGGAGGUGUGGGCAAAUCUGCUCUGACAGUCCAGUUUGUACAGGGAAUUUUUGUGGAGAAAUACGACCCCACAAUAGAAGAUUCUUACAGAAAGCAAGUGGAAGUAGAUGGGCAGCAGUGCAUGCUGGAGAUCCUCGAUACAGCAGGAACAGAGCAGUUCACAGCAAUGAGGGACCUGUACAUGAAGAAUGGCCAGGGCUUCGCUCUGGUUUACUCCAUCACAGCACAGUCAACAUUCAACGACCUGCAGGACUUGAGGGAGCAGAUCUUACGAGUAAAGGACACUGAAGAUGUGCCCAUGAUUCUCGUGGGUAACAAGUGUGACCUGGAUGAGGAGCGGGUGGUAGGCAAGGAGCAGGGCCAGAACCUGGCCCGACAGUGGAACAACUGUGCCUUUCUAGAGUCCUCAGCAAAAUCAAAAAUCAAUGUUAAUGAGAUCUUCUAUGACCUGGUCAGACAGAUAAACAGGAAAACACCGGUGGAAAAAAAGAAGACGAAGAAGAAGUCCACCUGCACAAUUCUGUAGACCUGUCCCAGCAGCAGCUUUGAGCCAGGAUGCUGUAAUGACAAACUGUUGCCUAAUUGGAAGAUGCCAGCAUUUCAGCCCUCAACAAAAGAAACGUUCUUUUCCUUCCAUCACAAACUAAAAGAGAGAAAAUUGACAUAUCUGACUGACUCCUCUCUGCUUUUUUUUAAUCUUAAAGCCACAUGAAGACAUUUGUAUUCUUUUUUUUUUUUUUUUUUUUUUUUUCCCCCCCCAAUGUUACAACAUCAGUGGACACUCUACCAGCACCCCAUAGUCAUCUCUGGAUGCUGCAUUUUUCUGGGAAAUGAAACUAUAACAUAAAAAGACUGAAGUAUUUUCAUCUUUUCAGUUGGUCAUUGGAAAACAUUGAGGAUAUCAGACUUAGCUGGAUGAUGAUGAUGAUGAUGAUGAUGAUAACAGUAGAUAAUUAAUCUUAAAAAUGGCAUGGAUGCAUUUCAAAUCACUGCAAUUAUUUCAAAGGAUAUCAAGGUGAGACAUGAACCUAUUUCAGCCAUUGCAUCUUUCUCUCUGCACUAAUGUUUGACAGUAAUAUACUGAAGUCCAUAUAUAUAUUUUUGUUGCCCUUAAACUGAAGGACAUCAGCAAGUAACAUCUUUUUCACACCUUUCUCAGUGACUUUAUUUUAUAUUUGUAGUCACAAGCUUUCAUACUUCCCAUAACGUAUUCCAAGUCCAUUUUUGGCAUAUUAAUGCUUAAAGUUCUUUUAUAGAAAGGGCAUGGGGAAAAUAGUAAGAGUUGAUUUCUAUGUCUCCUGAAGCUGAAAUAUAUUAUACUAAACCAACUCUAAUAUUGCUUCUUGUGUUUUCCUGUCACAAAAAAUAAUUUUU